UAAAUCACGUUGUGUUUGUUAACAUGCACUGUGAACUAACAUGAACAAACAAUGAACAACUGUAUUUUUUAUCUAACAUUAACAAAAAUGAAUAAAUAGUGUUAUAAAUGUAUUGUUCAUUGUUCGUUCAUUUAACUAAUGUUAACAAAUGACCCCUUUGUAUAGUGUUACCAAAAAGUUUUAAUUAAAGCUGAGACCUUGUACCACAAUGAGAAAUUAUAAGUUUAAAGUCACACAAAAGUUAAAAUGCAAGUGAAUUAUUCUUGUAUACUGUAAGAACAUACAUAUCAGUGCAUAAAUAUGAUAUAUAGCAGAAUAAUCUUAUCUAUGAAUGAUACUGAUGGAACAUUUUAAAGUUUAAACAACUCGUGAUACUGCUGUCAGCAUGUGGUGCUUGUCUAUUUCCUGUCCUCAGACGGUGCACACGUGAGUAAUGGGAGGGGCGAAAACGUCAUAUAAAUAGACAUUGCUGAACAACUGACAAACAUUACAGUACAAUCCAUUUAAACCCAAUGACAACCAUUCAAAAAGUCUGAACUGGGAAACAGAAAAACAGCUUAUAUCUACAGAAAAAGAGCAAGGGGAAAUGAAACAGGAAGUUAGCAGAAUGGAGGAUUGUAGUAAUCACGGCCAUAUGGCACCUACUGUAGCUUCCAAGUUGAAGAUCAAAAAUGAAUGCAUUCGAGUGGUCCUGGCAGAGACUCUCUGCACAUUCAUCAUGAUGGUGUUUGGCCUUGGCUGUGUUGCACAAGUGAUCACAGGAAAUGGUUUUUUUGGAAAUUUUUUUAGCAUUAAUGUAGGCUUUGGGCUCAGUGUGGCUAUGGGUGUGCACGUUGGUGGAAAAGUGUCAGGAGCUCAUAUGAAUGCUGCUGUUUCAUUCACAAUGUGUGUGUUUGGACAUCUGCGCUGGAAGAUGCUCCCACUAUAUGUUUUCGCACAGUUUCUGGGUUCCUUCCUUGCUGCUGGGACCAUUUUUUUAAUUUAUCAUGAUGCUAUAUAUCAUUAUUGUGGGGGCAAUUUCACUGUGUCGGGCCCCAAAGCAACAGCUGGGAUCUUCGCUACAUAUCCAGCACCUUACAUCUCAAUCUACACUGGAUUCUUUGACCAGAUUCUGGGCACUGCCAUGCUGUUGCUGUGUCUGAUGGCUCUGGCAGACCAGAGAAACCAGCCGGUUGUGCCUGGAGGUGAGCCUGUGGGUGUGGGACUCGUAGUGCUGCUUAUUGGUCUCUCUCUGGGGAGCAACAGCGGUUAUCCCAUCAAUCCUACACGAGAUCUGGCGCCAAGAGUCUUCACACUGAUGGCAGGUUGGGGCAUGGAAGUUUUCAGGGCAGGCAAUGGCUGGUGGUGGGUACCUGUGGUGGCCCCCUUUAUUGGUGGAGUAACUGGGGCUGUAAUCUACAAAGCAUUUGUAGAACUGCACCACCCUGAUCUUAAAAGCACCAAGACAUCAUCUGCAGAAGAUCCUGAAUGUGUUCCCCUGGAAAAGUGCAAAAAUGGCAGUACAGAGAUGGUUGUGUGAGAGUUUCAACUGCUUAAGUUAAGGACCAAGAAUAGUACAGGAACCAAAGAAGAAAAGAGACAUUUCCACUGGGGACACUUGAAAUGUUUACAGGCCAAAUAUGAGAAAUGGAUGUCAGUCGAGAUGCCUGUGGGCCAACUUUUUCAGCUUAGUUUUUUAUAAGCUAUUGAGGAAUCUCAGGAUUGUUCAUCUUUGAUCUUUAAUAAAUAUUGUGGCCACAGAUGGGCAUCAGUGGAUAAAAUUAAGCUGCUGAAGUCAGGGUAAAUGCCAAGCAUAAAGAUACAGCACAGUCAACAUGCUUGUAUGAGAACAUUCCAUGAGCAUUUGUCGGGACACUGGGUUAUCGUUUAUUCACGCUGUGUCUUCCUGAGACCCCUUGUGCCUUGGCUGUGCUCCCGCCGCUCGCUGGAACCUGUGCUGCCUGCUUUUUCUUGGGAGUGGGUGGCUUGGCCUUGCCACGGAAUGCCUUGGCUGGGUCCAGUUUGUUCAAUAAAGGUUCACCGGCCGUAUCAGUAUGGGAGUCGCUAUGGAAUGUCAGGGGUUGGUAAAGGGCGGCCCAUUGCUGUAUCAAGAAAUCAAUUUAAAAUUGGCUUGUAGUAGUAGAUUACAUAGCAAAACUGUGAACACACACACAAUAAAUUGAUAAAAAGUGACAGUAAA